AUGACACUUUGGAGAGUUAUUUUUCUUUGCUCUCUAAUGAGUGCUUGGCUGCUGUAUAGUCUUGUCAAGACUCUUUGUUGUCAAUAUAGAGAUACACUGAAGCUGCUAUACAGCAGAACAAAAAUGGACUCCUUAAUCAUCAGUCUGGCUGUAGCCUUAAUGCUGAGCUGUGUAACAAGUCAAGAUGCACAGAAAGUGUUUCUGGACAGAGCCACUGCCAGUAGGAUCAUUGGAAGACACAGGCGUGCCAAUCACAGGAAUGAAGAAAGCCUGCCCCCGAAUCUGGAGCGAGAGUGUGUGGAAGAGGUGUGCAACUACGAGGAAGCCCGAGAAAUAUUCAAAGAUUCGUACCGAACAGACAUAUUCUGGACAGUGUAUAUCGACGGGGAUCAGUGUGCAAACAAGCCGUGCAAGAAUGGAGCCAUGUGUGCCGACAGCAUAGGGGGGUACGACUGUAUCUGCAAGAGUGGCUUCUCUGGGGUUCACUGCGAAACCGAUCAAACUCUGUGCACGGGGAAUGAGGACAAAGGCUGCAGCCAGUUCUGCCAGCCGGGGUUUCAGUCUUAUCAGUGCUCCUGUGCCAGCGGAUACGAGCUCCGAGAAAAAGGAAAGUGUGUUUCUCUUGGAGAAUUCUCCUGUGGCAAAGUGAGCACAUCAAGGCUGAAGGACCCAAGGGUGUUGGAGCAAAGCAUCAAGACACACAGCAGUAGCGUGAGCUUGCCCUGUGCCACAGGCGAGUGCCCGUGGCAGGCCCUGUUGAAAAGCGAGCAGUCAGAUGGGUUUUGUACCGGAGUCAUCCUUAAGGACAACCUGGUGCUCACCACAGCACAGUGUGCCACCAAGUUCAGCAGUUUUCAGGUUGUUGUAGGAAAAAUGCAAAUACCUUAUGAGGAGGGGGAGCAGGUCUUGUACGUGAAGAGCAUCCACAAGCACCCCAAGCAUGUGGCAGGCAGGCCGGAGAAUGACCUGGCCCUCGUUGAGCUGAGAGAGCGGAUCAGGUUUAAGAGACAAGCCGCGGCGCCCUGCCUGCCGGAGAGAGACUUUGCAGAGAACGUGCUGAUGGGCGAGACGUCAAAAGCCCUGGUGAUGGGGUGGAACUACACCGGCGACGCCCUGCACGGCAGUUUGAAGCUCAGUUCCUUUAGCUACCUGCCCCUGCCUCAGUGCCAGAAGAAGCAUGACGGCCUGCUAACCAACAAGAUGUUCUGCACCACCUCCCCCGAGAGGGCCAACUGCUUCUUCGGACCCGGAGCCCCUGUAGUUUCUAUUCACAAGCAAGUGGCCUUCCUCGUGGGCCUUCUGAGCAGACCCCAGGGACAGGCCUGUGAGAAAGGCUUUGUGUACCAGAAGAUAUCCCGUUUUCUGCCCUGGCUCAGACCUUUCAUGGAGGCGCGGUGAGGUGAAAAAACAGCCGUCGCGGAGCCCUCAUUGCCUGCACCGGUUGCCUGUAUGGGCUCUUCAAGGCUGUGUGAAGACGACCCGAGGAAGCAAUGAGAGCUCUUUGUUCUGUUGAUAACUAUGUAGGCCCGUCUGAUUUGUUCGAUCAAGAAUAUCCCUAGGUUAGUACAUGUUAUUUGAUAAGUCAGAUCUGGUUGUUUCUGAAGACUCUUGUCAUGUUGGUUUAUAGUACAUUUUGUGCUACAUUGGUUCAGACAAAGAAGUGUAGAUCCUACAUUUUAGUUGCCUUAAAAAUAAAAGAGAAUGUUUGUAUUGUA